AUGGGUGUAUCCGGAAAGGAGGAAAGCGCAUACUUGGGCAGGCACAUCACAGUGGUGCAUGCCGGCGGCCAAACAGAGGGGAUUUGUGCAGGCGUUGACGUGUACCUGAACGUUGCCGUGCAGACGCCAGAGAGCGUGCACAUUAUAAAGGGAGAGCACAUCCGGAAAAUAGUAGAAAAGCAGCCGCUCGCAGAGAGAAAAGCAAAUGAAACACGCUGA